GACAAGAAGCCCGAAACCGACAAACCCGGAAAGCCCAAACCCGAAACCGACAAAUCCGUCAAACCCAAAAAACCCCACAGCAACAAAACCACACCCAAACCAGACCUCGCCACCACCUCCUCCAACCGCCACCUCACCGCCGCCGAGAUCCAACGCCAGAAACUCAAAAAACUAAUGAGCGAGCUCAACGACGAGGCCGCCGACGGCGGCGGCCGCUCGGCCCCCAUCGUCAAGCUCGGCGACGCCUCCAUGGCUUCCCCCUUCACCGCCAAGCACGCCUCCGUGGGCCCCACCACUGACAUAAUCCGCCAGGGCCGCAGCACCCUCGUCACCACCCUCCAGAUGUUCAAAAUCCUCGGCCUCAACUGCCUCGCCACUGCCUACGUCCUCAGCGUCAUGUACCUCGACGGAGUCAAACUCGGAGACAUCCAAGCCACCAUCAGCGGCGUCUUCACGGCCGCUUUCUUCCUCUUCAUCUCGCAUGCCUCUCCUCUACCGCGCCUCUCUCCCCAACGGCCCCACCCGAACAUCUUCUGCUACUAUGUGUUUCUGUCUCUUCUCGGACAGUUUUCUGUUCAUAUUUUAUUCCUUGUGUACUCGGUGAAAGAGGCGGGAAAGUAUAUGCCGGAUGAGUGUAUCGAGCCCGACUCGGAGUUUCAUCCGAAUCUGGUUAAUACUGUGUCGUAUAUGGUUGGGAUGAUGCUUCAGGUGGCGACUUUUGCUGUGAAUUAUAUGGGGCAUCCUUUUAACCAGAGUAUUAGGCAGAAUAGGCCGUUUUUGUACGCGCUUGUUGGGGCUGUGGUUUUCUUUACUGUGAUUACGUCGGAUUUGUUUAGGGACUUGAAUGAUUGGCUGAAGCUGGUGCCUUUGCCGACCGAGCUGAGGAAUAAGCUGUUGUUGUGGGCUUUUAUGACGUUUGUGGUUUGCUAUGCGUGGGAGAAGUUUCUGAGGUGGGCUUUUCCGGGUAGGAUGCCGGCGUGGAGGAAGAAGCAGCGGGCUGCUGCGGCUACUGAGGGA